AUGUCCGGUAUCUCACCGUCUGCCUCUGGAUUGCUCCCUAUGCCAGGCACGCCUUCGUCAUCUUGGGCUGCAUACAAAGCCAGAGCUGCAGCUAUCAUGGGCCAUCAUGAUACGAAGGUCAUUGUAGCCUUUUGGCUUUUUGGCCUCAUCAACAAUGUCCUCUACGUGAUCAUCCUCUCCGCCGCCCAAGACCUCGUCGGUUCCAUCCCCAAAGGCGUCGUCCUCCUCGCCGAUGUCGUUCCUUCGUUCCUCACCAAGUUGAUCGCACCGUACUUCAUCCAUCGAAUACCGUAUCGCAUGCGAGUCCUCAUAUUCAUAGCGCUGUCCGUGGUUGGCAUGCUCAUGGUAGCCCUAACACCACGCACGCAGUCCGUCGCCAUCAAGCUCGUCGGUGUAGUCCUCGCGAGUAUAAGCGCUGGCGGCGGUGAAUUGAGCUUUCUUGGCUUAACACACUUCUACGGCCCGAUGAGUCUUGCGGGCUGGGGAUCUGGGACUGGUGCUGCAGGCUUGGUCGGCGCAGGUCUCUACGUGAUGUUUACGGACUGGUGGGGAUUGAGCGUGCGUAGCAGUUUGCUAAUCUCGGCAUGUUUCCCUGCAAUUAUGUUCAUCAGCUUCUUCGUGAUAUUGCCGCUUGGGCCUCUGAGGGAGGGCACGACUCGGAAAGAUUACGAUGCCAUCCCGGAUCUAGAGGAUGAGGACGUGAACCACAUGGAUGAAGGAACUGCUUCGUCGGCGCUCUUAGCUCCUGGGCCGUCUGUCGCGGCGACUGCAUACUCUGCGCAUAGCACGCAAGACACACUCACGAUGCGAGACAGGUUGAAGAAAGUGAAGGUGUUGUUUGUCCCAUAUAUGCUCCCGCUACUACUAGUGUACGUAGCCGAGUACACGAUUAACCAAGGAGUUGCUCCAACAUUGCUAUUCCCCCUGGACGAGUCGCCAUUCGAUGAGUUUCGAGAUUUCUACCCCAUGUACGGGUUUCUCUACCAACUCGGCGUCUUUAUCUCCCGAUCAUCUACGCCAUUUAUACGUAUUCACCAUUUAUACCUCCCCUCGAUGUUGCAAGUGGCGAACCUUGUCCUUCUCACAUUCCACGCUGUAUACUUCUUCCUUCCAUCAGUCUACGUUGUCUUUAUCAUAAUAUUCUGGGAAGGUUUGCUAGGUGGAGGCGUCUAUGUCAACUGCUUCGCCGAGAUCAUGGAGAACGUGCCGCCUGAGGAUAGAGAAUUUAGUCUUGGAGCAACGACUGUCAGCGACAGUGGUGGAAUCUCUAUCGCCGGACUUGUUAGUAUUGUGAUGGAGACGAAACUUUGUAAUUAUCAAGUGGCGCAUGGAAGGGAUUGGUGCCAUCGUAUUUCUGCGCAAGGUCAUUGA